AAUCCUGAUAAGCAGCAGUAAGAAUUACAAAACUUCUUUUCCCAACAUUCACUUUCUUUCUUUUUGAAUACUCAGAAAAAGGGAAAGAAGGCGCCUGGGGCAGCACAGCCUUUUAACUUCAGAUAUUAAGAUGAGCGCAGACACGGCAGAGCACACGGAGGCUCCGGGUGAACGGACAGAGCGAAAUGGAAUUGACUUCAAUCGCCAAAUAAAAACAGAGGACAUCAACGACUCACCUCAUUCAGCCUCCGCAGUGAAGACAUGUCACGUGACGCAGAGCUCUCCGGUGCACGGAGGUCAGCUGACCGGGGAGCUCACAUCUCUCCACCCAAUGCAGCAGCUGGUUCUGAUGCCUCCGUCUCACCUGUCAUCUCCCUCCCCCUUCCUCCUCUCCCAGAGUUCCUCCAGCCACCAAGCCCUUCUGCAGCAGAACCUGCUGUCUCUUCCCAGCCAGAGUCCAACUGGCCUGCUUCAGCAUCAGCCCGGCCUGGCUCUGACUCCACAGAUUUCCCUCUGUGAUGUUUCUCUGAUCCAGGCUAUGGGUCGCUCAGGUCUGGCAGGACCUUCUCUGGAGAGCCACAUGGACAUGUCCCACCUGCAGAUGCCCAAACACAUGUCGGUGCCACCACAGGAAGAGCCCAACGAACUGGAGGAUCUGGAGCAGUUUGCAAAAGCAUUCAAGCAAAGACGCAUCAAACUGGGCUUCACUCAGGGAGAUGUGGGCCUUGCAAUGGGAAAGCUUUAUGGGAACGACUUCAGCCAGACCACAAUCUCUCGAUUUGAGGCUCUGAACCUCAGCUUCAAAAACAUGUGCAAGCUCAAACCUCUGCUGGAGAAAUGGCUGAGCGAUGCCGAGAGCUCACCGUCUGACUCGAUGAGCAAUCCCACCGCCCUGCCGACCCUGAUGGAGGGCUACGGGCGCAAACGGAAAAAGAGGACGAGCAUUGAAACCAACAUCAAGAUGACUCUGGAGAAACGCUUCCUGGACAACCCUAAGCCCAACUCUGAGGAGAUAACACUGAUCUCAGAGCAGCUGUCCAUGGAGAAGGAGGUGGUUCGAGUUUGGUUCUGUAAUCGUCGCCAGAAGGAGAAGAGGAUCUUCUGCCCGGCGGCGACUCUUCCAGUCAAGUCUCACACCUACAACUCCAGGAUGGCUUCAGCAUCUAGGUCCUACAGCCCUCUGGCUUCAGGCGGAGUUUCUUCAAAUUCCUCCCCAAAUAGUAUGAGCCGUGAAGCUUCUCCUAACGGUCUGUCUGCAGCCUCCGCCUCUCUAACCUCUCCGGUCAGUGCAGCUUCCUACAGCACGCCGGGGUCAUGGUACCGCACGUGGAAUCAUCCCACGUAUCACCACUGAGAAACUGUAUGACAUGAAGUUUUUGAAGGUAGUUUUCUUCUAGAAGGAUGCACACUGAAGAUGGAGUCGCUCAUUGUCCCCGUAACACACGCGGUCACAGCUGCAGGUGAAAGCUCACACGGACACGAGACAAAGCAGCAGCACAAGCAGAGAACUGCGUGCCACCACACUUCUGUUCAAUGCUCACGCAAGUCCCAACAGCCUGUUCGAUUGGUGUUCACAUGACUCUUUAUUUUUUGAACACAAACGCACACACACACACACACACACACACACACACACACAAUGGAGGGAAACGUCCUGUCUGAGCCUGUAACUGCCACCACUUCAAAUAAUUUCUCUGAAUGUUGAAGGAGUCCAGAUUUGCUGAGAUUGUGCACCAACCUGUUUCUAAUUGUGUCUUUCUGCUCUCAUAUGUUUUCAUGUUUAUAUUGUAUUUAGUGUAGAUUUAGGGGUGUUUUUGUUAUGUUACAGGACAUAUUUUAACAGUUUUCAUUAUGUUUGUGAGUGCUGCAACUCGUUUCUUUUAUUCAGCACUGAAGUCUCCAAAAAAACAAGAGCCAGAGAUGCCUCUUCUGGAUCUAAGAUGAAAAUCUAAGUUUAAUUUGAAUUUCGUCACACUAUCUGGCUCUCAUCAGAGCUCAGAGUGGGUAAUUUGCAUGUUUCAUUAAAAGCCUAGUGCAUUAGUGACUGGAAUUACAGACAAAACUGAAAAAAAGGACAUAAAGUGGAAUAAAAACGGAUUUCCAUGAUAAAGUUGGAGCAGAAACUGGUGAUGAUGUUAUGCUACGUUUUUAUUUUGUCACCCACAUAAAUAACCAAAGGGGAUUUUUUUGUCGUACCUACUGUAGAUUUCCCAAAGAAAUAAACAAAUUUUUUCAUGUGAUAAUUCAUAUUUAAAAGGCUCUUUUAUGUUUCAAAGACACGAGUUUGAAUAACACGUUGCUGGAUCAUACUGUACUCCAUUGUGUCCUGCGGCUCUUCUCGAGAAUAUCUGCAGCUUUUGCAUGACUUUUGCAGCUCUGACUGUUCUGCGGGUCAGUGCAGAACGCAGUUCAGCUGCCAGACGUUGCUGGUUUAGGAUGAUGUUAAAGAGCACCGCAGCUAAUGGCUCAGAAGCAUCAUCACUGUGUUCAGUGUAGAGGCUAACUGCCCAGAGCGGGCUGACCUCUGCAUCAAGUGGGCGUGCAGUUUUAACUGUCAUCUCUAUGCACAGCUCGCUUUUUGAACAGCAGUCUGAAUGCUUGAACUUGGUUAUAGCACGUGAGAUAAUUUAACAUUUUGGAGGGUUUUUUUGUAUGCGUCACCUAUUGGGGUGUUUUUACUGACACUGUCCUGUCACUGUGCUGCAUUUCAACCGUCAACCUCGAUCCAAACUGUGAAUGUCUGCGAUGCUCACUCUGAUACGGGUCCAGCUCAGCUCAUAUCUCAAAAGCCUGCAUUUCUCCUGGACUGUUUUUACCCAUGGAUCGACAUGUGUGCACAGGAAGCACACACAACACUUCGUGCUGAUUUUGGCGUCUUCCUGGGAAUUGUUGACAGUUAUCAAAUAUAAAAUAUCACCUUUCUUUUAAUUGGGAAGUGGAGCUCUUGAAUAAGUGCUGACUGCUGCUGGUUAAAGCCAGAGUUUCUGUUUAUUUCCUGUCACGCGCUCCGUCCUCGCUUCACUUUUGUUUCAAACAAAAACAAAAAAACAUUUCUGUCACUUUUUGUUUUGGGGUGUCCACUCUAUAUUUUACUUUACAGGUUAAUGUUUUGUAGUGGAACCAAACUCCAACUUCAUAAAAUUAAGGAAGCCACUAUAUUUACUAUAUAUUAUGUAAUGUUACUGCUGAUUCAUGUUUUUAUUGAUGUAACCUGAAGCUACCAUUGAAGCAGU